GAUCGUUGUGAAACAGUUAUUGUUAUGUUCUCGAUUUAAAUUUUGAAAUACCAAUAUAAAAUAUUAUUUUAAUUUUUUUCUUCGUUUAUAUAUAUUCAAAUACCUUCUCAGCGAUAAAUUAUUUCUACGUGACAGUUGUGUUCUAUGAUUUUUUUGUCACUCGUGGUAUUAUAACCUGUAUACAAAGAUUUUUAUAAAUGUUGGGUUAUUUUUGAUGUAAAGAUAAUUAAUAUAAAAAAUUCUUCAUUGCGUCUAAAGAUUUAUUUUAAGUAGUUUUCAAAUAAAAUUGUUAACAUGGAAGACCCAAUCUCAGCGCAUUUGAAAAAUUUAGUAGUCAGUAGUAAUGAAUGUUUGGAGUUGAAAUUAGUACGUGAUGUUAACGAUUUAGAAGAUGAUAGAACUUCGUUUAAACCAGAAAUGUCUCAUCAAAUAUUUGGAGACAGUGAAACUAUAUUUGGUUAUCUGGACUUGAAAGUGAAGCUGUAUUACUCGGCAGGUUCAUUAGAAACUUAUUUGGGUAUGACUUAUUCCGAGAAAGUAAAUAAGCUUACUUAUGAGGGAGUUGAAGCUGAUGAAGUAUUAUCAAAAGUUGCUGAGAAACUUACACCUAAUAUCCAUACUAAUCUAGAUUCCUUUGUUGAAUCUCUUAAAAAGGAUAGAACAUUCAGACCUUAUGGAGAACUACUUUAUUCUUUUUCAGUAAAUGAUAAUGGCUGUACAAGACAAUUCGAAGUUUAUAAAGCAGAUAUGACGUGUAAAGGCUUUAAAGAAUAUCAUCAACGUCUUCAAACAUUUGUUUUGUGGUAUAUAGAUGCUGCUAAUUUCAUAGAUAUUGAUGACGACCAAUGGCAUUAUUUUAAUAUGUUUGAAAAAUAUAAGUCAUCAUCUGGAUAUACUCAAUAUGGAACAAUUGGUUUUGCCACUGUUUAUCAGUAUUAUGCAUAUCCUCAUCAUACUAGACCACGUAUUGCUCAAGUAUUAAUUUUACCUUUGUUUCAAAAUAUGGGUCUUGGUACUCAUUUACUACGUGGUAUUUAUCGUGAGUAUAUAGGUAGAAAUGAAGUCAAAGAUAUAACAGUAGAAGAUCCAUCCGUUGGUUUUCAACGAAUAAGAGAUUAUGUAGAUGCAAUGAAUUGCAGCACAUUACCUAGUUUUUCACGAGAAUGUUUACUUCAAGGUUUCAAUAAAGCAAUGGUUAUUGAAGCUAGAGAAAAAUAUAAAAUCAAUAAGAAACAAGCACGUAGAGUGUACGAAAUUUUACGUCUGCGUAUAACAGAUACUUCAAACGAACAAGAAUAUCGUGAUUACAGAUUAGAUGUUAAAAAAAGACUGAAUAUUCCAUAUAAACGGGAACAAAAUGAUAUAAAAAAAUUAGAAUUAGUUCUGAAAAGCCUGAAUAAACGUUCUAAUAUUACAUUACCUGCACCAGAGCAACGUAUGAAAAUACUUGAGAAGUCGUACCGUGUUUUAGAAGAAGAUUAUAAGAAGGUCGUUAAACGUUUGGAAGAUGAAACUGAGUUAUGAAUUGCAUUAAAAUAUUGUUUCAUAUUAUAUAAGUACAUUUUUUAUAAUUAUAAAAUAGAUAUCGUUUAUAAGAUAAUGUAUAUAUACAUAAUAUAAUAUGUUUUUUUAAUAUAUUUAUUAUAUAUAUUCUU